AAAGCGUUAACGGCAAUGAAUUUGGAGGUGAAUAGAAUAUAUUUUGGCAGCAACAUGGCCAAGGAUUUGAGCACUCUGGGCUGGGAUUACUUCAUGUUCGUGGCUUUUAUAGCGCUUACCGUCUUGGGGCCACUCUGGACACGCAUCUUCGGCAAGAGCAAGCAGCGCAGCAAGGCGGAUUACGUUUUUGCCACGGGCGGCGUAUCCCUAGUGGCUGUCAUGAUAUCCAUAGCGCGUGGCACACUCGGCGUACGAUCAGUCCUGGGCUACCCCAGUGAGCUGUACUAUCGCGGCUCGGCCAUGUGGGAGAUAAUAUACGGCAUGAUGAGCGCCUAUCCCAUCGUCUGCUUCAUGUUUGUGCCCGUCUACUUCAACCUGGGCAUCACAUCUGUCUACCAGUACAUCGAUCUAAGCAUUUAAUUAACACAAAGC